GGCGGCCAGCGGCACUUUGAGCUGGCGGCGGGCGGCGGCGUGGAUCGGGCCGGGUUUGGCCGGGUCGGGCCGGAUCGAGUCUGGCUGGGGACGGGGAGGUGUCCAGGCUUCGGGGGCCGGGGUCGGGCCGGGUACCUGCGCUCCUCGGCGUCGGCGGCCGCGUCUGGGCCAUGGCGGCCGAGGCGCGCGUGUCGCGCUGGUACUUCGGCGGGCUGGCGUCGUGCGGGGCCGCCUGCUGCACGCACCCGCUGGACCUGCUCAAGGUGCACCUGCAGACGCAGCAGGAGGUGAAGCUGCGCAUGACCGGCAUGGCGCUGCAGGUGGUGCGCUCCGACGGCGUGUUGGCGCUCUACAAUGGGCUGAGUGCCUCCCUGUGCAGACAGAUGACCUAUUCCCUGACUCGGUUCGCCAUCUACGAGACCGUGCGGGACCAGGUGACCAAAGGCAGCCAGGGCCCCCUGCCCUUCCACCAGAAGGUCUUGCUGGGCUCCCUCAGCGGUUGCAUCGGUGGCUUCGUGGGGACCCCCGCGGACAUGGUCAACGUCAGGAUGCAGAAUGACAUGAAGCUGCCCCAGAGCCAGCGCCGAAACUAUGCCCACGCCCUGGAUGGCCUGUGCCGUGUGGCCCGAGAAGAGGGUCUGAAGAAGCUGUUCUCAGGCGCAACCAUGGCGUCCAGUCGAGGGAUGUUGGUCACCGUGGGUCAGCUGUCCUGCUAUGACCAAGCCAAGCAGCUGGUCCUCAGCACCGGGUACUUGUCCGACAGCAUCUUCACUCACUUUAUCGCCAGCUUCAUCGCGGGCGGAUGCGCCACUGUCCUGUGCCAGCCCCUGGACGUGCUGAAGACCCGCCUGAUGAACGCCAAGGGCGAAUAUCGGGGUGUCCUGCACUGCGCCAUGGAGACAGCAAAGCUCGGGCCGCUGGCCUUCUACAAGGGCCUCGUGCCUGCGGGCAUCCGCCUCGUGCCCCACACCGUGCUCACCUUUGUGUUUCUGGAACAGCUUCGCAAACACUUUGGCAUCAAAGUGCCAUCGUGAUGUGGCCGUGGCAACAGCUGGGUCAGGCCUGGGCCCCUUCUCCCCGCAACAGUUUCUUCCAGAGUGUGGGAGGGUCAGCAGCUGAGCACUGCCCUGAGCCCAGCACCUGCCCGCAGUGCUCCGGCCCCUCCUCCCUGGC